ACCCAACUAGCGAGCUUUCUGAAACUCAUUAGGGUUCUCUACUAUACUCUCACACCCAAAAUUCUCCUCUCUAUCGCCGCUCAGGCCGCCGCACGCAUCCGCCUCACUUCUUCUAGUCUCUAUCAUAAUCUCGGCGUCCUCGAAUCUCGCUCUAAUCUCAGCCUCAUCGCUUCCCUCUAUCUCAUCCGAUCAUUGGCGUCAGCUCCUUCGAAUCUUGGGGCUGCGGCGUUGUCAAUUUCCAGUGCUUCAUCCAACUACAUUCGAAGAAGAUUAGGAGAUGGCAGAUCGGUUAACCCGUAUAGCAAUAGUGAGCUCCGACAGAUGCAAGCCUAAGAAGUGCCGCCAGGAAUGCAAGAAGAGCUGUCCUGUCGUCAAGACUGGUAAACUAUGUAUCGAGGUUACCCCUGCAUCCAAGAUUGCUUUUAUCUCAGAAGAAUUGUGCAUUGGGUGUGGUAUCUGUGUUAAGAAAUGCCCAUUUGAAGCAAUCCAAAUUAUCAACUUGCCAAAGGAUUUAGACAAAGAUACAACACAUCGUUAUGGGCCUAACACUUUCAAACUACACAGGUUACCAGUCCCAAGGCCAGGGCAAGUACUUGGUUUGGUUGGAACUAAUGGCAUUGGGAAGUCAACUGCCCUAAAAGUUUUGGCUGGAAAGUUGAAACCAAAUUUAGGUCGUUUCAAUAAUCCUCCAGACUGGCAGGAAAUUUUGACCUACUUUCGAGGAUCUGAGUUGCAGAAUUAUUUUACUCGUAUCCUGGAAGACAAUUUGAAGGCCAUUAUAAAGCCCCAGUAUGUUGAUCACAUUCCGAAAGCAGUUCAAGGAAAUGUUGGGGAGGUGCUCAGCCAGAAAGAUGAAAGGGAUAUGAAGGAAGAACUAUGUGCUGAUCUUGAGCUGAACCAGGUUAUAGAUCGUAAUGUAGGGGAUUUAUCAGGUGGGGAGCUUCAAAGAUUUGCCAUUGCUGUCGUUGCCAUACAGAAUGCAGAGAUAUAUAUGUUUGACGAACCUUCAAGUUAUCUUGAUGUGAAACAGAGGCUUAAAGCAGCCCAAGUUGUCCGAUCUUUGCUCAGGCCUAAUAGCUAUGUAAUUGUUGUGGAGCAUGAUCUUAGUGUCUUGGAUUACUUAUCAGACUUCAUUUGCUGUUUAUACGGGAAACCGGGUGCAUAUGGAGUUGUAACUCUUCCUUUCUCAGUUAGAGAAGGAAUUAACAUCUUCUUGGCCGGAUUUGUUCCUACAGAAAAUCUUAGGUUCCGGGAUGAAUCUCUGACCUUUAAGGUUGCUGAGACUCCACAGGAAAGUGCUGAGGAAAUUGAGACAUAUGCACGAUAUAAAUACCCAUCUAUGACUAAAACUCAGGGAAACUUUAGGCUUCGUGUUGUUGAGGGAGAAUUUACGGAUUCUCAAAUUAUUGUUAUGCUGGGUGAGAAUGGAACAGGGAAGACAACAUUUAUCCGUAUGCUGGCUGGUCUACUGAAACCUGAUAUUGUAGAAGAUUCCAAUGUGGAGAUACCUGAAUUCAAUGUUUCUUACAAACCCCAGAAAAUCAGUCCAAAAUUUCAAUCCACUGUCAGACACUUGUUACAUUCAAAAAUUCGUGAUUCAUAUACCCAUCCCCAGUUUAUGUCAGAUGUGAUGAAGCCUCUUCUUAUUGAACAAUUGAUGGAUCAAGAAGUUGUGAAUCUCUCUGGUGGAGAGCUGCAAAGGGUUGCAUUAUGCCUAUGCCUCGGGAAGCCUGCAGAUAUCUAUCUUAUAGAUGAACCAAGUGCCUAUCUUGAUUCUGAGCAGCGUAUUGUUGCUUCAAAAGUCAUAAAGAGGUUUAUCCUACAUGCUAAGAAAACUGCAUUUGUGGUUGAACAUGACUUUAUUAUGGCUACCUACUUGGCAGAUAGAGUUAUUGUCUAUGAGGGGAAGCCAUCAAUUGAUUGUGUUGCAAAUUCUCCACAGUCAUUAUUGACUGGGAUGAAUCUAUUCUUAUCUCAUCUUGAUAUUACAUUUCGACGUGACCCCACUAACUACCGCCCAAGAAUCAACAAAUUGGAGUCAACGAAGGAUAGGGAACAAAAAGCUGCUGGAUCCUAUUAUUACUUGGAUGAUUGAUAUAACCACGAAGUUUUGGCAAAAUUUAGAGGGCUUCAAUGUGAUCUAAUAAUGGAAUCCCGGCUGAGUCAUGACAUGCUGACAAAUGAUGGGAGGUCCUUUGUCUGUGAAGAGGUGAUGUUUGUUUACCAGUGAGUUUCCGUGAAUGAGAGUUUCCAGGCCCUUCCAUAUUGUUGCUAGUUGAGUACAUUAUGCCCUAUGUGUGCUUGCACUUAUCCCAAUUUUGUUAAAAUUUGUCUCUGGGCGACGGAAUCUAAAUGUACAAUGGUCUCUCAUAGUAUCAAUUUUUCUUUCUUUUUGAUGAACUUUUGUGCUUCCAGGGUUUAUGUAACUUUUGUCUCUGCCAUUAUGAUUUUUAGUUUUCACACCAGAAAUGCAUGGGUGUUUUAACUCUGAAUUAAAAAGAAGUUUGCUUCAUAUUUGCA